UGCUCUCACUCGACCUCCUGUUCCCGACUAGGAAAUUAUAGGAUAUGGAGGUGUAUAAAUGGGCGCUCGGGGCUCAGGUCCAAACCUUUCCAAUGGUAUCACGAAAGCUUUCCCACAUGGCAGCAGCUCCCGUAGAUGGCUGGAGCUACGGGGGAUGGGGGCAGCCUAUUGCGAACGGGGAAUACGAGUUCCGAACGCUGCUACCGGCGGUCUUUGCUCGCACUGAGUACCCCUUCAUUCGGAGCAUCUCACUUCCGCCCGAACCAGAUCUUGAAACGCGGAGCAGGCUCAUCGACCUCAUGUGCCAGUGGUCGUUCACCUCACUUAACCUUUCUCCGAUUGAAGUCUACCACUGCUCCUGUUUGAUCUUUGAAUCAGUUCUGACCUUGCCAGAACUGAAGAAAUUGAACAUCGUGGACGAUAUCCGCCGCUUUUUGCAUACCUUGCGUUUCCUCUAUCCCACCAAUCCAUACCACAAUUUUGCCCAUGCAGUCGAUGUUUUGCAGGCGGUAUACGCAUUCCUGGAGCCAGAAGUCGUUCCACCACUAGCUAUGAUGAAGCGGGUGGACCCGACGCCACUCUCACCCCAUCCAUUGCCAACACUCCCUUUCGGGUCUCCGUGGAAGCCAGUACCCUUGCUCCUGGGGGACAGCUAUUUCCGCUUACGGCCGCUUGAGAUAUUGGCUUUCCUACUAGCGACCGUGGGCCAUGAUGUGGGACAUCCUGGCCUCACCGCACAGUGUCUCGCCAAUGCUUGUGCCCCGAUCGCCACGCUCGUCUAUCAGUCCCCUCUCGAAUCCUUGCAUUACACCCUUCUUGCCCAGACCCUCCGGACGCAUGGUCUUGGGAUGGUUCUAAGCGACCGUGAUACUGAGGAACUGAUGCGCAAUGUGAUCAUGGCGACUGAUAUGCAGCUCCAUGCGCACCACAUGCGCAGAUUCGCCACGGAGUUAAGCCCAAGCAAGCUUGCAAGCAAUUCACGGGAAGGCUAUUUACAGAGAGUUCUGCUCUGUCAAGCAGUCUUGCACGCGGCGGAUAUUUCCAAUCCCGUGCGGGUCUUUCCGAGCGGUGUGCAAUGGUCAUGUGCCUUGAUAUCUGAAUGGAGCAAUCAAGCUCGAUUCGAGUCUUCACACAAUCUGCCCGCAACACAAGGGGCAUGGCCUUCGGAUAUGAGAACACUCGAGUAUCAACUUAAGCAAGCGAAGGGGCAAGUUCAGUUCCUAGACUUUGCCACGCUACCUCUCUUCCGUGUACUGGAAGGCAUAUUACCAAAAAUGCGCGCUUUCGUCCAGAUCGGUCUUGACAAUAGGGAGGUGUGGGAGAAUCGGGUGGAAAGGUUAUCUAGUCUCCACCACGAUCCACGGGAUCGAGUACCUCGUUCGUUGGUGCCGGGCGAAAGAUUCCCAUACCCGGAUGGUGAUUCGGAUUCAGAUUAAGGGAUAUCAUUACAUAUCAUGGAUUGUGCCUGGCAACCGAGAAUACCACUGUGCUAUCUGGUGGUCGACAACCCUUUCUGGAAUGCUCUCUUCCCUCAUUGAUACCCACUUUCUUCCUUUCCGGAUUUAAUCCUGGAU